AGCUUCUCUAAUGCUCUUACUAAGAACAUUGUGGCCAUGCUGGUGUGGCUGGCCCUCAGUGUCAUCAACGGUAGCAUGGUGCACACCUUCCUACGACACAGUCUCUUCUAUGAGAACCCGCGGUACAUCAUGUUUAUCUACAUGGUGAUCAACGACGCUCUGCAGCUCAGCCUUGUAACGGCUCUCUACGUGGUCAGCUAUAUCUUCAGGAAGAUCCACACCUCUGUCUGCUGCUUUCUGAUCAUGACAGCAGUCCUGACCACCCGCUCCACCCCUCUCAUCCUGGCCGGCAUGGCCUUGGAGCGUUACAUCUCCAUCUGCUUCCCGUUGCACUACAGCCAGAUGUGCACAGUCCCACGUACCCUCCUCCUCGUCUGUGUCAUCCUCAUCCUCACCGCUGCCCCACCCGUCACCGACCUCCUCAUCACCAUCGUCCACCAGCCUCUGCACUACUUCCACACAACCAUUUUCUGCGACCACCCAUUUCUCUUUCGCCACCAGUCCAUCUACUACAAGAACUGCGUGUUUGACGGCGUGUACCUGUCCUUUGUGGCGCUGACGCUGCUCUACACGUACUGUAAGAUCAUGCUGACGGCACAAGCCGUCUCAAUGGGCCUGGCCUCAGUGAAGAAAGCCAGGAACACGGUGCUGCUUCACGGGGUGCAGCUGCUGCUGUGCAUGCUUGCCUUUGUGGUUCCUUCCCUUCAGGCCGCUCUCAUCUCACUGUUCCCUCGCUUCAGUCUGGAGAUCCGUUACAUCUUCUUCCUGGUUGUCUACAUCAUCCCCCGGUUUAUGAGCCCCAUCAUCUACGGUUUUCGGGACGAGCUGUUCAGGAAGUACUGGACCCGAUACCUGGCCUGUCAAGGCCAAAGGGUCGUCAGGGUCAGACCGGUGUUGCAGAAAGUGAACCUGUAGGUCAAACAACCACAACUGAAUGUCAUUCUGCUGCAGCAGAACUCCUGGUUCAACUGUAAUUCCUCAAUUUUUUAAGCUCUGUUGUGUUCAUUUGGUUUGCAUUUACGGCCUCUUGUCUGAGGUCACAAGUGUUGGACAUAAAGUCACCAAGACAUA